UUCCCAACCGCUAAGGUUCAAUCAGUUGAAAGAGGAGAAUCACUGAACGGAGGGAAGGAAAUCCUGUGUUUCCCUCAUCCCGCUCGCGUUGGCACAUUGUACAUAGUGAAACCUUUGUUCACAAUGAACAGUUUGUAUGCAAUCUUUAUUAUUCUGAUAGGUUUGUGGAGAGCUUUCUGUGACAAGUCUGAUAAGAACUGUGUUAAAAUUGAGAUUGUUGAUAAUCCCUCUAAAGACAAUAUAGUCACAGUUGAAGAAAACAGCGACUUCAACCUGACAUUCUCUGUCAACACGGACAGCUGUGUUGAGAGCGCACCACAAUGCAUAUUGAAGCUGUCAGCCUUUGAACAAGGACUUUAUCUCGAUAAAUGCAAGAUUCCCUUCAGGAACAUGACCUGCCACGAAAGAACGAGUCAAGAUUCGUGCUCUUGCUUAAACACCGACACACCGCGUGUCCAGUUCCGACAGUCGUUCAAUGGGUCCCAUUACAAAGUUUACUACUGGAGAGGGAUACAAUGUUCUGGUGCUACUCCCAGUGAGGUGGAUCUUUUGAGAAUAAUCUUCGUGAUUGACAAAACACCGCUGCGUCAUGGACAAGAAUUGGAAAGAGAGGGCACUGUCCUGGAAUGUUUGCGUCCCAGUCUUUACGUCGUCAUAGCAACCUGUACAUUUACUGCAGUCACCGCUGUUGUUAUCGCUAUUAUCGUAAUCGUGAAAAGAGGCAAACCGAGAAGAUUUCAAUCCUCUAUUUCAGACAUUGCCAUUCACAGCAACCACGUCGACAGAGAGGUUGGGGGACAACCUUCAGACAGCGACGUGUAUAAUCACCUGAACAGACUUUAGGUGCUAAUUGCCUGUUGUCUUGACAACCAGUUGAUCCGACUGAAGAUUCUGAAGUUCAAAAAGACAUGCUGCCCCAGUCUGCGCCUUGGAAGUGCUCGGACAGAGAAAGUCGAGAAUUAUGCUCAGUUGAAAACGAAAAGAUAAAAGAGAACAAAUAAAACCAAAUUCGUUGUUAGUUUUGAACUUAAAAGUAGAAGAGCGAUACCAAGCAAGAAAGAAUCAAAAGAAUGAGUGAGUAACACAGGAACUCAAAUGGGACAAACCUCAACAAAUGAGAGAAAUAGAAUAAGAACUCGACAAACAAGGACUGUGACUCAAAUAGAACAAAAACUCAGCAAACCAAAACUGAUCAGUUCAUACAGCGAUAGAAAUGGAAUUAACACUCAACAAAUACAGACAAUAAAGAAAAACCCAACAAUUAAAUACAGUGACAAACACGGAACAAAACUCAACAUAAGCAGUAAGAGACAUUUUUUU